UGUAAUGUACUUUUUGUGGACCCAAAGCAUGCUUUUAUAAAUUCAGAAUGUAUAAAACAUUAAAAAUAAUCCAAGGCAGCGACUGCUGAAAAAAGCACUUAAGAUCCAUAUACCCCUUCUUGCUGUAUAGAUAUGUUCUUUUAUUUUGUGUGCGGGAUAUACCCAUUUAUUGGACAUAGUUUUUUUUCUCCCUACCAUGAAGGCCAGAGGAAAUGAACGACAAUAAAACAGCUGCAGUAAGCUGUCACUAGAAGCCAAAUUGAAUGGAACCCAAAUUAAUAUUAUUGCUAACCCUCGCAAGUCCCUGCUAUUUACCGUUUUACCGCGUCAAAAUGAUUGACUGCGAAAAAGAUUUUUAAAUCAGCAAACCACUAGAGACCCAAGAUGUUUUCACUGUGCUGUAAAUGAACAGACUAGAAAUCGCUGAGUUUCAGGUGCACUGUCACGACUUGCUCAUUGUGUUUUUAUACAGAAUUUCUCAGCAAAAGGUUUCCGUGCUUCUAGCUGUUUCCCAGUGUCCGUGUGACUGAGCAGGUUGAGUUUCAUGAUGGUGUAUGUUUUCAAAACAAUUCUUGUGUACCAUGAAGAGAAAACAUGCUGUCAGGAUGUGGGCACCUACGCAAAUACAUGCUAUAAUGUGGAAAAAUAAUGCAAGGUGACAAUAUGCAGGAUUUAGAUGAAGUGUGCAUUGUGGGCAUUUGACAGCAAUUCAGGGAAUGAUCACUCGCCCUUGUGAAGGAAUCUUUCAGUUGGCUCAUACAAGUAUGACUAAUCAGGCGCUUACAUUUUGGGAGAUUUUGCUGCAGCAUACUUGGGACAGAACCAAAAUAAGUGAUGUUGUUGCUGAAUCUCUUUGUGGAGGCGUUGCCAGAGUAGAGUAUUUGGGUGGAACGUCUUGGAUGAGUCACGGGGAACAUGUGGCAAAUUAGCUGUGAUGUGAUGGAGGUCUGUCACAUGGAGUGGAUCCCUCUGAUGUGUUUGUGGGAAAAAAAGCAAAAGGCGGGCUGUGUAAGCAUAUGUUUGGAAGAGGAAAGAGCGGAGAUAAUGCUCAUAAUGAUGCUCAAAGGAGGGCAGCCCAGCUCUGAUGCUCCCAUAGGAUGCCAAACCUGGCUGACAGGACAGAUGGAGGGAAGGGAAGAGAAGCCAUUUGAAUUAUGAGAGGAUGAGCAAGUCAAACAGAAGAAAAUACAUUGUCUUUUGACCAAUCCUUAAAACUAUUCAUCACACUGGGAUAAAACAAGCAUUCAACUUCAGCCAAGGAUAUAAAUGUGUGAGAAGAAAAAAUUAAAAACUCUACCUCUGAAUGGGUAAAUAAUAAUAAUAACAAUGGGCAAUACUUUCCAGUUUUUUUUAUUUAUUACUUUUGGUUAUUUUCUAUGUUAGUGAAUAUUGCUCAGGCUUACCAUCAUGAAAGAGUUUGAUGGGAUUUACGGGUCAGCUAUGUCGUCAGUGCGCUUUGUCCUUUCGAGGAUGACUCUCAUCAUGUGCAAACAAGCCUACUACUGUCAUUGUGGCCCAAAUAGAAGCUGUCACAUAUGCAUGAUGAACAAAAUAAAAGUACGGUUGAACUGCAGAAAAUGCAGAGAACACUGUAGCAUAGCGGGUAAUACAAAUACAGUAGAUUAAAAUAAUUAAUGAUAUACUAACAGCAUGUUUUAUGAGACAAAAAGAGACAGAAGCUAAGUGGUGGUGAUGUCACUGAUGGUGCUGGGUGGUACUCUCUCCCUCCUCCCCUUCUCUCCUCCUCCUAUCCAAGCAUCUGCAUGGAUGUCGUCACCGCUAAAGAGUCUGGGAGUGGCAGAGUGGAGGAAGGAAGUGGAGGAAAAAAGAAGAGAGGAGGAGGACAAGAAGGUUGAGCAGCCGUGAGCGAUUUCCGGGAUUUCCUUAAAAUAUCUACGGGCAAGCAAUCCUGCAGCCUACAGCAGCAGUGUAUUUGUCAGCAUGGCUGAGGGCUCUGUGUCGACAGCAGAGGUGGAGAUGUCCUUCCACAAAUUUGCCAUUCAUGGUGACACCAAAGCGACGGGGAAGGAGAUGAACGGCAAGAACUUUGCCAAAAUCUGCAAGGACUGUCUCAUCACUGACGGCAAGAAUGUCACCACUACAGAUGUUGACAUCGUCUUCACCAAAGUCAAGUCCAAGUCAGCUCGUGUAAUCACAUUUGAGCAGUUCAUCAUGGCCUUGACUGAGCUGGGCCCGAAGCGCUUCAAAGGCAAGAGUAAAGAGGAAGCUCUCCAGCUCCUCUAUGGGCUCAUUGUUGGCAAGGAGCCUGCCAAUGCUGGAAUCACUAGACCAACAAAGGCAGCGGCUGUGGACAGACUGACCGACACUUCCAAGUACACAGGAACACACAAGGAGAGAUUCGAUGAUUCAGGAAAAGGAAAGGGAAAGAUUGGACGCGAGGACAUCCCAGACGGUAGUGGCUAUGUUGCAUCUUACAAGGGAAGCGGCACUUAUGAUGAAAAAGUGAAGGAAUCCUAAUCCUGAAGACACACAUACGAUUUUGGUCUUUCUAUAUUUUCAGGUAAUAUGCACGUAUUGGCAAGCAUAUAAACUAAAUUUGUGCUUAACUUUGUGCCUUAUUAUGCAAAUCUCAAACGUGAAAGGAACUUCCAAAUAUUCAUACACUGUAUUUUUGGAAUGGAGAAUCAUUUAUCUGGUGUCAGGCAAUGAUAAUAACACCAGCUUUGUCACCUUGUCAAUUGAUCACUAUUUAUCCCGUUUACAUCAUUGAAAAAAAGGGAUAACAGGAAAUAAUUCAUAUCAUAAUAAAAUUCUAAAUAUCAAAUUGGCUGUAGUAAACACUUUGCCAAAGAUGAGAGAUUUUUGCUGAUAUGCCAAAGAAAAACUGCUUGAAUACUGCGUGUCAUACUAAUCUGCAGCUAACAAUGUAAGGCCUGAAACUGAUGUCUUUUAAUGACAUUUAGGAGCAAGAGUGGCACAACAAACAGAAGUGCAAAAUGUUCAUCUAGAUUGCUCCUCCUUGGAUGCCGAAAUCGAGUGUUCAUGUGUCUGUGUCUCUGCAUCUCAAUAUAGCCUAAAGUAACCUGAUAAACAGCACCUGAUAAAAAUCCUUUCCUUUCACAUCCGUGGCAUAUGAUUACAAUUAAAGUUUAACUAGUAUAGUACAUUAUGUUUAUAUUCAAGGAAAAGUGGGGGAAAUGUAAUUUACUAUAUUUUAGUCAUGUGCUAUCAACAAUUAAGUACCCAGUGUAGUAGAGUAAAAAGAUAUUGAAUGAGUCUUUUUACCUUUAUAUUGUCACACUUAGGCCAUUAAGUUGAGCUCUCAAUACUGUCUUUGCAAAAGGAUUGCAUAUUACUAAUAUAGACUUUAUGGAUGUGCAGCAUGUAGGAUUUAGACCUAAUAAAUGAAAAUUGCUUGUGGAACGAAGUAGCACCAUUGCGGUGUCACUGCUAGACUGAUUGUAAUUAAGUAAAAAAUUCAAUAAAGUAAUUACUUUUACAACAUUAAAA